UAUUUGUAAUUUAAUAUUUUUCUUAAUCGAUAAGAAAAGCUGAUUGUGAAUGUUCUUUGAAAUCAAUUGCAAGAAACAAAAAAUUAAUUUAUAGGAAAAUCUUGAGUAUUUUUUGAACAACGAAUAUUUUAGAAAUAAACAUUUUCUUUUAAGUUCCAAUAUUCCAAUAUUAGUUUCAUUUCUCCUUUGUUCACAUUUUCAUUCUCCUCUUACGCUACAUUUCAAUCUUUAUUUUCGGUAAGAAAGUUGCAGAUUGUUGGAAGAAAUCACGCAGAAUCCACAAAUUGCUUUCUUUUAUUAUAUCUUGUUAAGAAAUUUUUAUUUCUGUCAGCAUUCUGCUAACAUUUUAUUGUAUAUUCCAAAUCUUGUAUCCAAAUCUAUCAUCUUUUUUUGAUAAAAUUUGUAGCAAAUGCUUAAUCUAUUGUCGAUGGACUUGGCUGAUUGGGAUUGCAACGCUUUCUUUUUAUCGAAUUUUCAAAUAUGGAAAAAAGUGAAGUAAUCUUGUGAUCUUCUCGCGUCGUUUCAGUAUAAUUUCUAGGGAAUUUACAGUUCGUUUCGAUAUAAAUUUCACAAACACAAGUUUUGGCGCUAUUUAACACCUAACCUGGCAAGGAUGAUCGUGCCGAUCAAAAGAGAUGGAGAGAUAGAAACCUGGGCGAUUAUAGAUCUUCAAGGUGAUUUGAAAUUCGAAGAGACCGAUGAUCCGGACAAUCAAUUAGUCGGUGAUCUUCACUUCACGAAAGAUGGAGUGCCAAUAUUAAUUAUUGGAAUUCAUGUUUUGCAUGGAAAAGAGAUAACGCUGGAAAAACCUCUAAUUGUAUUAGAAAAGCAUCAUAAUACAGAUGACAAAGCAACAGGGGAAGAAGCUACAGUAAAGACUGAAUAUUUAGUGAAAGCUAUUGUGAAGAAGAAACUCCUGUUUAAAUCAAGGCCAAAGCCUAUAGUGACCAAUGUACCAAAAUCAUGCUAAUACAAGCUUAUAAUCACUACCUGUCCUUGUAAAAACACAGCCUUUUAUAAGAUGUAGUUUAUUAAAUGAAUUAAAUUAAUGCUUAAAAAUACACGAUUAUAAUGUACAU